AUGUCUGGAGAUUGGGCUAACAAAUUUGGAUAUUAUGAUAUGUGCUUGAGAGAAGAGUAUCAUUAUUCAUCGGUCAUGAUAAGACAAAAUCCAAUGACAUUCUUUUAUGGAUUUUGCCACACAAAUAUCUGUGAAGCAGAUGAUUUCAAUUAACCGGAUGCUCAAGAGAUUAUAAAGGAUAAAUUAGGAAGCAGCAUAGUUUCAUAAAUGUUACCAAUUAAUCUAGGUUCUGCUAGUUAUCUGUUUGCUAAUCCAGUAACACAUUAUCCAGAUUUUAGUGUUGGUGCUUAUUCAGCUGUCAUUAUCAUUUUCAUUCUUUUCUGUUUGGGAUUGAUUGAUCCAUAUAAAAGAUUACUUGAUGCCUUAACUAAUUCUGAAAUCAAAAAACCUAAGGGAAUAAUAGGCGAUUUUUCUUUAAUUGAAAAUUAUAAGAAAUUGAUGAAUCUUAAAACUAUUGAUCCAAAUUUGGCUAUUUUUAAUGGAGUUAGAGCUAUAGCAUUUAUGAUGGUUGUUUAUGGGCAUUCAUCAUUAUUAAUAAUAUAAGCCACGUUUCAAACUGAAUUAUUAGUAGCUUUAUAAUCUUAAAGAGCGAUAAUUACAGUGGACAUGCUCUAUUCAGUCGACAUAUUUUUUUGGCUCGGUGGAUUUUUUAUGGCAUUUGUUAUGUGUGAGACAAAAAGAGCAAAAGCAUUGGGUAAGAAUCCAGCAUCACUAUUCCUUGUUAUAUUACACAGAUUAUUAAGAAUUUGGCCUUGUUAUAUCAUAUGUAUUAUGAUUAACUCAUACAUAUUGCCCUAUUUAGGGGGAGGACCUAGAUGGUGGUCAGCAAUGAAUUAUACUGAUUGUGCUGCAGGAGCUUUUAGAAAUCUUCUAUUUAUUGAUAAUUUUUUCCAUGAUUGGGAUCUUUGUUUUGGAUGGGGUUGGUAUCUCACUUCAGAUAUCUAGUUAUUUAUUAUUUGUUUGAUUCCAAUGACUUGUUAUGCUCUUGGUUAUAAAAGAAUUUCAAAAUAUUUGAUCACUGGUAUGAUAAUCUCCUCCGUAAUUUACGGUAUUGUUCUAUGCUUUUAAUAUGAUUUCCUAAUUCCUGCAAAAGUUACAGGAAAUUAAGAUUUCUAUUAUACUUAUUAUGUAAACAGUUUAGCCAGAGCUCCUCCUUAUUUCUUUGGAUUAUUAAUGGGUAUGCUUUAUAGAGAAUUUAAAUAAAAAGAGGAAAACUGUUUUUUAGGAUUAUUACACGAAAAAGCAAAAGAUCCAAAGUUUAGAUUACUCUUCUAAAUUACUUGUUAUCUUUUAGGCUUUGGAAUCAUUUCUUGGUUAGUUUUUGGGUGGAAAUCAGCCUACUUAUCACCAGAUCCUACAUAUUGGUCAUAUUGGUUUCAACAUCUUUAUAGUGCACUUUGCAGAUUGACUUUUGUUUUUGGAGUUGCAUGCUUAUGUCUUCCAAAUAUGAUAGGAAUUUAUGAUAUAUUUAAUAGGAAAGCUAUGAACAAUUCUAUAUUUAAGUUUACUGCCAAAAUAUCUUUUGCCUGCUAUCUCAUUCAUUACAUGGUAUUAUUAAUACUGAAUUACACAUUUUAUAUAACUCCCACUUACAUUACUUAAGAUGUUAUUUAAUUAUUUGUUGGCUGCACUGUCAUCACAAUGGUUGCUGGAGUAUUUCUAACUUUGUUAGUGGAAAUGCCAUUUGGAACACUUCAAGUCAAAAUAAUAGAUUCAAUCACAAAGCCAAGAAAGCAAAAAUAAUAAGUUCUAUUGGAACAAUGA